AUUUGUGUGUGUUGUAAAAGAACGUUUGUAAUUUGGCUAGCCCAUUCUGCCUGCAUAGUCACAAACAGAAUAUAUGGAUAAUGGAAAAGUAAAGAAUGAGGCAGACAAAAUACCAAGCAUAUUUCAAAUCUGGUAUAGUUCCUGGCAUGGUUGGUGCUCCUCUGACUCAAGACUCUGGUCUCGAGUGUGGGUUUAAGAUAUCAUCCAAAGGAGCUCUUCGCCAUCUUCCCUCCGGCUGGCCGGCAGCGUCCGCCAUGAAGGUCGAGCUGUGCAGUUUCAGCGGCUACAAGAUCUACUCCGGACACGGGCGGUGCUACUCCAGGACCGACGGGAAGGUUUUCCAGUUUCUUAAUGCAAAAUGCGAGUCCGAGUUCCUUUCCAAAAGGAGUCCUCGGCAGAUAAACUGGACUGUCCUCUACAGAAGAAAACACAAGAAGGGCCAGUCAGAAGAAAUUCAAAAGAAAAGAACCCGCCGUGCAGUCAAAUUCCAGCGAGCUAUCACUGGUGCAUCUCUUGCUGAUAUAAUGGCCAAGAGGAAUCAGAAACCCAAAGUUAGGAAAGCUCAGCGGGAACAGGCUAUCAGGGCUGCCAAGGAAGCAAAAAAGGCUAAGCAGGCGUCCAAGAAGACAGCAAUGGCUGCUGCCAAGGCCCCUACCAAAGCAGCACCUAAACAAAAGAUUGUGAAGCCUGUGAAGGUCUCUGCUCCCUGAGUUGGUGGAAAACGCUAACUUGGUAGAUCAGAGUUUUGAAUAAAGAUCAAUCUCUAACUCUAAAAAAAAAAAAAAAAAAAAGAGAGAUAUCAUCCAAAGGAAACUUAAGACUUUACUUUUGAUUAGGCAUGUGAGUUCUAAUUACGUACCAGGAUGUUUUGCCGGUCCUGGACUUUAGCAAACAGAAAUACUGGCCUGUUUGGUUUCAUUUGCUUCAGUUGGAAAAUAAAGUGCUAAUAAAGGGGAAAGUGGAGAAAAUAAGGGACCUCUAGGAGCUCUGUCAGAGAAAAGGGCAGACCAAGGAGAGAUCUACAUGUCAGAAGAAAAUUAAGGGAAGCCAGGGCUCAGAAUGUAUGGAGAAGAAAUGGUCUUGAAAACAAACUGGGGAGCUGUGAGAUAACUUUGUGCAUAAAGGCCACAGAACCUGAUGACCUAAGUUUAAUCCUAAGGUCACACAUGAUUGAAGGAAAGACCUGACUCCGGUAGGUUGCCCUCUGACCCUUAAAUAUGCUUCCCUCCCUAACACACACCCUUGGGGGAACAUACAAAAGAAACAUUAGAGCCAGUGUGACUUAAACCUGGGGAGAGGACAGAUGCCUGAUCACAGAAGGCCUCAUCUGAGCUGUUGUGGAAGUUUAAGAUUCUGGUACAGGUAGCUUGGAGGUUUUAGAGCAUAGAAGCAAUUAUGACUUGACCUGGUUUAUGAAGAAUCUCGUAGUAGACUGGUUAAGAUGUUAGAAUAUAACAGAAGUAACAGUCAAGAAAUGAUGGAAGCUCAAACCUGAUGAUGAUGGGCCAAAAGUGAUCAGAGUUUUUGCAUUUAUCUUGUUUAAAAGGUAUAACAGGCCAAAAUUACUCCAAAGAUUUUGAUAUGAAUUGGUUGCAUUUUUAAAUAUAUUGAUAUGGAGAAAACUUCAAAAAGUAGGUGGUGAUUUAAUGAGGAGUUUAUUAAAUAGUAGUAGUAGAGAUUUCAGACUUUACAAAUAGCCUCAAGUUGGUUAGAGUUGAGUUCCGCAAACAGCUCCAGGCUACAGAUAAUUUUUACAAGGCAUGUAUAUUGAUUAAUUCAAAUAACUAGCAAAGAAAACUUAAUCCAUGAGGUAGUGAUAAACUGAAUAAAAUGUAGCAGCCUAGAAGUCAAGUCCAAUGUGAUGAUGUAUAAUUUGUAAUCUUACAAAGAAAACUGGAAAAGCUUAACAGUUUAGAAAAUGGCAUCCUCAUGGUUCUCCUUUUUAACUUUGGGGUUUAAUCAAUGCUGAAGAAGCUAAGGCAGCAGAGCAGGACAAGCCCUGCUUUGGCUAGGUUAGAACCAGUCUCAAAAAAACUUGAAGGAAAAUAAAU